AUGGCUGAGCUGCCUUCUUUUCCACGGAUGUCCACACUGUUGCUUUGCAUUCUGGGUAUGACCAUGAUGACAUCUGGCUUCCCUCACACUCGGCUCCAUUUCAGAAGUACAGAUGAUUCAGAGGAGCCUAAACGAGACGACUGGGACGUCCUCUUCCCCUCCAUCUCUCUCCGCGAUUGGAGCAUUCAGAUGAUGUCCAGCCUCGGAGCGGCAGCCAAUAGCAAAGAAAGGUUGAUGAGGGAGGCGUGGCUUUUUGGCCCAGAAGAAGCAGAGGCCAGCGACAAGAGGGCGUGGCCUGCUGAGUGGUUGUCUCCCGGCGGCGGCGUGGCGAAGAGGAACAUGGUGGUGGCCGACGAUGCUGCGUUCAGGGAGAAGAGUAAACUCCUCACCUCCAUGGAGAGACAGAAGUGGCUCAACUCGUACAUGCAGAAACUGCUGGUGGUCAACUCUUCGUGAUAAACAGGAAAUACCUCUGAGUCUUUAGUGAAGAUAGGCGAGGUCACCAAUAUAAAGAAAAGGUUGUGAUAUAUGGUGGCCAUUAACGCCUGCUUUAUUUUUAGUGUAUAUGCAGAGCCUCUGAAAUA